AUGGAAUCUGUCCCCCGAGAAAUCAGUGCUCCUCCCUCUGCUAAGGAGGGUGCUGUUGAGGCCGAAUCUGUACACAAGGAGGAGGUAGUUCCAAGUUUGACACACCGCAAGAGCAGAAAGGAGAAGAGGCUCUUGCUAAAGCAGGACCUUUCAAUUGUCUUGCUGCUCUUUGGCUGCUACUGGUUUGCGUACUUGGAUCGCGGUGCCCUCGGAAAUGCUCGAAUCAUGGGGUUUCAGACAGACCUUGGCUUGUCUGGCAGUCAGUUCUACAACUGCCUGAUGAUGUUCUAUGUCGGAUACCUGAUAUUUGAGCUACCUGCAGCAUUGGCACUGCGUGUUUUCUCUCCAAAUCAUGUCUAUGGCGUUGCAGUCAUCAUAUUCGGUGUCCUUGCAGCUUCCAUGACGGCCGUCAGAACCUAUGCGCCGAUCAUGGUUAUCCGACUCCUUCUUGGUCUUUCCGAAGCGACGAUACAGACCGGUUUCCUCUUUCUGACCCUGUGGUAUCGGCCAGAGGAGGUCACGACCCGUGCCGCCUUUUACUUUCUCGCGACGCCUGUGGCCGGAGCCACCAGCGGACUGAUCGCAUACGGAGUGCAACGCAAUCUCGACGACAAGCUCGGAAGAACCUCCUGGGAGUGGUUCUUCUUGAUUGAGGGUGUUCUUACCAUCGCUUGGGGGAUUCUCGUUUUCUGCCUCUUGCCCAAACUUCCAGAGACCGUUGCACACAAGGGAAGUGUUCUCUUCCGGGAUCCGCAGGAGCGAAAACUCAUCCUCGACCGAACGAUCGCUGCCCGUAACACCCCAGAUGCUAAACCGCGCAUGUUCCAAGCAUGGUGGGCGCUCAAGGAUCCCAAAACCUGGCUCUUUGCCCUGGGGCUCGCUGCUGCGUCUCUGGAUGUCGCCGCGUUUGGGGCUUUCCUGCCCACGUUCAUCCGUCAAUUCGGCUUCUCUCCCUUGGACACGCAACUGUACAGCAUUAUCCCUUACGCCUUUGCCACGGUCACCCUGCCGACCGUGUCCAUCUUGGCCGAUCGCACACAAAAGAGAGCGAUACCGUUCCUGAUCUGCAUGAGCACCUCGGUGGUUGGAUUCGUUGUGGUGUUGGCCACCACCAACAAAGUGGCCCUCGUCGUCGGCUGUUCUUUGAUUGCCGCCGGCUGCUAUCCAGCCAUUGUGGUCUGCGCAACGUGGUCCUUGAACAGCCAUGGAGGCUACACGAAGAAAAGCACGGCCUGGGCGGUGACCCAGGUCUUCACCCAGUGCUACAGCAUCAUCGCAACGCAGAUCUACGAUAACCCGCCACGCUACUUCAAGGGCCACGGCAUUCUUCUGGGCCUUAACCUGCUGGGUGUGGUUGCAGUCGUGGUUGCUUACCUCAUGAUGAAAAGAGAGAAUAGGAGGCGAGACCUGGUCGCUCAAGACUAUCUUGCACGAGGCGAGCGUAACCCUGACGCCGACAAAGCUUACGAAGAGUUGUGUGAUUAUCACCCCGAUUUUCGAUAUCCUCUUAAAGCACAGCUCGUUCGGGAAAUCGCAGGCCUUCAAGAGCAGUUACGAGCCGGUGGUACUCAACAUUCUUCCACCUCUGUCUCCAGUGAACAUCAACACCACCGUGCGGUGCCGAAGUCUCCGCAGAACCAAGAAGAAGGCGGCGUUGUCGCUGCGGUUUCACAUUUACAAUCUGUCUCCCAGGCGCGGCAUGACGCCCCUCUGGUCUCACAUUUACAUUCUGCCUCCCAAGCACAGCCUGACGCCGCUCUGGCUUCACAUACUCCCUCGUUAAGCAGUCCGGCAGUCGGCUCAGCACCAGUGAUCGACUUACCAAGUGUCCCGAGAGCAGUAACCGAUGGUAGCUUUCAGGUGACACAGCCAACACUACAGAUUGAACAGAUUCACACACGAAAGAUUCACGACUGUUUCAGACUCUUCUUCGCCCAUUACGAGCCCUUCAUCCCUGGCUUAUUCGAUCCCAACGUGUCUCCUGAGGAAUACUAUGAACAAUCUCCAUUUCUGUUCUGGUCAAUCGUUGCGACUGGUGCGCGCAGAUACACUCAAGAUCCAACACUCUUUCAGCGGGUCGUAUCACAGGUCCUACAGAUUGCACUAGGCACGCUCUUCUCGCAGACCAAUCCGAUUCCAGCGAUUGAAGCGGUCUUGAUUUUAUGCCUUUGGCCAAUUCCGCAGAAUACAAUGUUUCACGAUUCUUCCCAUCCACUCGCAGGAAUCGCCAUGCAACUCGCGGUGCAGAACGGCCUCCACAUAUUUGGUCGCGAGCAAGACUACUCGCGUCAGAACAUCAAUGCCGCUGACAGUAAGGUGUCUUUCCGCUUCCGUCUCUGGGUCCACUGUGUUAUCAUCUUCCAGAACACGAAUUUCAUCAAAGGCUUUCCCUGCUGGUCCGUCUCGGAAUUCAACAACGCUGAAUCCAACCUGCUUCUCGAGCACAAUCUUUCGCCUUCAUUGCUCUAUCGUUACAAGCUUCAUAAAGUGCAAACGGACGCCGUCCGAACUAUCGUCCAAAGCACCCAGCUCUUGGAAUCAGACUGCGGACGACCAUUGAGCUCCCUCAUCGACAUAUUCGAUACACAACUCAGAGCACUGGUCCCUGCUUCAGACAUAGGACUUGAUGUCAUUCUGCAAACUUGCACCCGCCUAGCCAUCAGAGCAUUUCACUUUUUCGCAACACCGGACACUGCGCGGACAGCUGGACUUGUGCAACUUUACACCUUGUCCUGCAACGUGCUCGACAUGAUGCACGAGUUUGACCUCGCCAACGAUUUUGUCCUCUAUUCAACCCACUGGCUGUCCAUGAUGGUGCUUAUGGCGGCAAUGAGUAUCCUCAGGGUUGCACGGAGCGAAAUUCGAAGUCAUGUGGAUUUGGAGCACGGCGAGAAUGCGUACUUCAAGGCCAUCAACCUUUGCAAAAGGCGCUCUGCUGAAAACAACGAUUUGGACUCAAGGGGUACUAUCAUUCUGUCCCAACUCUGGUCCAAUGAUAGCAUUUUCCGUAAACAUGACGGUACUCUGAUAGGAGACCGACUGCGACUGCGAAGCCGACUGUUUACGAGCGUCAUGUUCGACACACUAUGGCACUGGAGGGCAACUUUCGGCAAUUGGAAAGCGAAUCCUUACAAAGCUGACGAUGAUGAAACAGUGCCACAGUCGACCACGGCUGACCAACCGCCUGCAGCCGCUUUUUGGACGCCAACCUCGCUCUUCACAAGUAUCCCUCCAGGUCUUCAACCGGACUUCUCAUCAACCCCUUCGGCGCGCAAUCUCUCAACACUUCAGCCCCCGAUGUUUGACCUUGAUGCCUUUGACGUGUUUCCAGACUGGGAAUGGGCCGCCGAGUUGCCUCUAGAAGGCGGCGUCGAUCUCGAUCCAACACGCUGA